AGAAAUGGAACCUGCAAAUUACACCAGAGUGACAGAGUUUGUUCUCACUGGCCUAUCCCAGACUCGAGAGGGAUUGGGGUUUGUGUUUAACAAAAUUUGUGAAGUUUCACCCAACCGGCUCAAUUGGAAGCAGGCCAGUUCGCCUGCCUGCAUUGCUACAAAACACAAUAAACUAACAUUAAGUGAAGGUGAGGUGGAACACAAAUCUUCAGACAACUUUUAACCAGUUCUCAAAACCAGGAUUUCUGGUUCUGAUUGAGAUGGAGAGGCAGGAAUUGAAUUUACCCUCCUGCUUAGAGCAACAGAAAAAAAAAAUCUACAAAACAGAUUUCAAGACACUGAACAUCAGGCAACAAAUGGUAAAACCAAAAACCAAAAGAGCAGAGUCUGCAGAUCAUGGAGGGAUUCAACCAUUCUGGAGUAUCUGAAUUUGUAUUACUUGGACUUACUGAUUCUUCUGAGCUCCAGAUUUUUUUCUUUGUGAUGUUUUCUGUUUUCUAUUUACUAACUAUGUCGGGCAACUGCUUGAUUUUGCUCACAGUCCUAUGCACCCCACACCUUCACUCCCCCAUGUAUUUCCUCCUCAGCAACCUGUCUCUCAUUGACAUGUGCUUGUCCUCCUUUGCCACUCCAAAGAUGAUCAUGGACUUCUUUGCUGAGCAUAAGACCAUCUCCUUUGAGGGCUGCAUUUCUCAGAUCUUCUUUUUGCACCUUUUCACUGGGACUGAGAUUGUGCUGCUGAUCUCCAUGUCUUUUGACAGGUACAUUGCCAUAUGCAAACCUCUCCAUUAUUCAACAAUUAUGAGCCAAAGAGUGUGUGUUGGGCUUGUGGUAACUUCUUGGACAGUGGGCUUCCUGCAUACCUUGAGCCAGUUAGCUUUUACUCUCUAUUUACCCUUCUGUGGUCCCAAUGUUGUAGACAGUUUCUUCUGUGACCUUCCUUUGGUCAUCCAGCUGGCUUGUAUAGAUAUCUAUGUUCUUGGAAUCUUCAUGAUCUCAACUAGUGGUGUGAUUGCUCUUGUAAGUUUUCUGCUUUUGCUCACCUCCUAUGUCAUUGUUCUUGUCACUAUCAAGGACCACUCCUCCACAGGAUCAUCUAAGGUUUUUUCUACCUUCACUGCACAUUUCCUAGUUGUGUUAAUGUUCUUUGGGCCCUGCAUCUUCAUCUAUGUGUGGCCUUUCACCAACUUCCUGGUGGACAAAGUUCUGUCUGUUUUCUAUACCAUCUUUACUCCCUUUCUGAAUCCACUUAUCUAUACUUUGAGAAACCAGGAAAUGAAGACGGCUGUGAAGAAGAAACUAAGUAACCAAUACCUAAAUCUUGGGAAAACUUCUCCAAGAUAUCCAGUGCAGUGAAUCUCCUGAGAUUUAUAUCAUCAGUUUAUUUUUAUAGCAAUACUUAGUAUCUUCAUUUCAAGACUUUUAGUUUAAAUUCACAAAAAGAAGAAGCCAGGGUUGAGAGAUGUGAAAUAAUCUUGUCUAAAAAUUACUGAGAUGUUUGUGAGCCUUUUGAUGUUACAGACACGUUUGAAAAUCUGCUGAAAUCUAUAGGUUAUUUUCACAGAAAAAUGCACAUAUAAUCAAAACAUAAAUUCAGGGCUUCAUAUACCCAUGAAUCCUAUCAACAUACCUCAGCAACUUAGAGAAGCCUGAGAUAAAAUACUGUUCUCUUGUCUUCUACCCCAGAACAUUUCUACUCAGUUGCACAGCCUUGUGGUACUUUGAUGGUGUCCACUUGCAGAACUUUGGUUAAAAGUGUUUAUUUUUCAUUAGAAAUAUUUUUAUGGGAAAAUUCAAAUGGUGAAGAGAUUCUUCUGAGUCAACUUUGAACAAAAGAGAACAGUUUGGAGGAUCUGAAAUUUAACAAUCUGGUUUCUUAAGAGGUGUAUAGAUCAUUACCACACUUGAUAAUUGAUAUAGCAAAUAAUUAUUUAAACAGCCAUUUGUGAAGUUUAAACCAUAGAAAGUAAACAACUAAAAUAUGAUUCUUUCCUAAAACCUGGCUGAAUGUCAGAGAUAUGAUGCAUUCAUUUACUCUUAAGACUAAAUGCUUGAAAAAUUAACUACUAAAUUCAUGACAAGUUUGUCAUUUCCAAAGUAAAACAUUACAAAACUUUAUUAGUCUUAGUAUGAGUUUUGUCUCUCAUUCUCAACAUAACAUAGCCUAGAGGAAGAAAAGAUGAAACUAAUUUAAAAAAAUACAUAGAACAAUUCUUCCUAAUCUGGCUUAUUAGUGAUUGUGUUAAACAUACUUUUUAUUCCAAGACAUUUUUUGAAAAUCAGCUAGCCAAACCAUUUCCCUAACAGUGGAAGAACCUAAGAUACAGGAAAUUCUUAGAGCUGGUUCAAGACUGAAUUACUGUAAUGGGUAAAAGUCAUUGCUCUAAAUAUACCUAGACCCCAGAUUUAAUUUUGGAUCUGUCAUUUCCUAGUUGUGUUAUCCUGGGAGUUUCACUUCAUCUCUCUACCCUGUUUAAUCUCUGAUAUGAAGAUAAUAAAAAUUGUCUGUUGUGACCAUUUUAUGGAAAGUGGACACAACAGACUCGAAAAAUGUCAUUUUCUUUUGCCUUCCCAACUACACAGACUCUUACCCAAAACUCAUUUUAUUUUUAAGUAGUAUACCUUUAAAGAAUAACCACAUUCAGGUGAAACCAGUAGCUCACAAAAUUUGACAUUCUAGUUUUAGGACGUCUCUUUGCAGCUUGUUAAGACAUAUGGCAGAAAAACAAAUAGAACACUUUCCAGUUUUCCAUUGUUAACAUGGAGGGUGGUUGUAGAAAUUAGAUUGCCAGAUACUUUGUGUUUUUUAUGAAUAACAACAUACUGAUAAGCUGCAUCUCUUUGAAUUGACUGAAGUUUACGAAAAUAGUUUAGGAAACAAUCUGUUAUGAUGACAUUCAUGGUAUUAAUAGUUUCUUAUAUUUAUUCUGGACUUUUAAGGUUUCAACAUGAUUCAACACAAUCUUCAAGAUAAAUAUUUAAUAUCUGAAGUUAAAUAAUGUGGCAGAGGUUUAUGAAGAAAUGUAGUAUUGGAGCUAGGUAUAAAAACAACAUUCUAGUUUAAAAUACUAGUUAAUUUUUAGCCAAAUCAUAAACUCUUUAUUCUUGCCAUAAAGUCAGUCAAAUGAGAAAAAGUAAAAAUGUCCUUUUGUCUCAUCUCCAUUCUUUAGCAAAAAUUAUCAUCUUUGUUUUAAAAUAUAAACCCUGCUUCUGGGGUGCCUGGAUGGCUUGGUCAGCUAAAUGUCUGACUCCUGAUUUCGGCUCAGGUCAUGAACUCAUGGUUUGUGGGAUCAAGCCCCAUGUCGGGCUCUGUGCUGACAGCAUGGAUUCUCUUCCUCUCUCUCUGCCUCUUCCCCACUUGCUCACUCGCUCUCUCUCAAAAAUAAACAAAUAAACAUAUAAAAUAAAAUAUAAACCCUGCUUCUGAAAUAGCAAUCUUUAGUUCAAUGACUAUUUAUUGAGCACCCAUUCUGUUUAAGGUCCUUUCUGUGUGCUGAUGAUACUACGUUAAUGUACAAGAUCUAUUUCUCUGUUUUUGAGGGACACAUGUUUAGCAAUUAGAUGGGACCAGUCUUGAAUUCCAAUGGCAUCGCUUUCUUGUUGUACAACUUUGAGCAAGUAUUCCUAACAUUUCUAAGACUUUGUUUUCUCACCUAUAAUAUGUGGAUCUAGUAUAUAACCACUAGGAAUGUUGUGAAAAUUGAAAAGACAUGUAACACAAUUAGCAGUGCUUGGCAUUCAUUAAACGUUUAACCAAUACUAACUAAUAAAUAUUACUUAGUGCCAUUGUGUUAGAUAUGCACAAAUGACAGGGUAAAUGGAAUGGAAAUAGAUGUGCUUACCUGAACUUAAAGGGCAUGGUUUUAAGACUGUUUAGGAUGUGUCAAUUUACCUAAUAUUAACUAAUGUUAAAAUAUUGGAUUUGUGCCAAUUAUUAAUCUUUGGUGCAUUUAUGUAGUUAAUGUUGUCCUUUGUAUGUUUGUGUUUUGCAAAGGAAGUAUUAUAUUUUAGAAGUUUCUUAUUCAUUUUAAGUUUAAAUAUAUUCCAAGAUUGCACAGGGGGGAAAAACAAUGCACAAUGUUCUACAGGUCAGUGUCCUGUUUCACGACAAUGUUUUUAAAUAAAGUUUUUAUGAUUGAAAAGUGAUAAAAUAUUCAUGUAUUUUGUCUGUCUUUAUGUUUUACCCAUUCAAAAGAUAGGGAAAUGCUUUAAAUUCUUAACUGGGAGGGGCAGCUGGGUGGCUCAGUCAGUUAAAUGUCUGACUCUUGAUUUUGGCUCAGGUCAUGAUUUCACAAUUAAUGAGAUCAAGCCCCAAGUUGGGCUCUGCACUAGCAGCAUGGAGCCUGCUUGUGUUUCUCUGUCUCUCUCUCCC